AUGCAGGAGAUGCUCCAGAGGAUGCAGGAGAUGUGGAGGGAGGAGAUUAAGAAGACCAAGGCUCUGUCAAAUAAUCUCUUCCUGGGAUUCGACAAGCCUGUCAACGACGAAGCGAGGAAGGAGGUAGAUCAAGUGGUCAGCGGGAGGUUGUGGUUCCUGGACCACUCGGGAGUUUGGUUCAACGAUGCCUUCAUCAUACGAAAGGGGAUCCUGCGUGGUGUAGACGAGUACGAUGACCUUCCUGCGUUCGUUCAACAAGCCCUUGAGUUGGACGUUAACCCUGAGGCUAAGAUGAAGCCCUGUGUGUACAUAGCACUUGAGGAGGUCAAGGCAUGCCUCGAUGGCUCCUUCUCGGGGGUCUUCUACGGGCAGGGGCACAGACAAGAAGUUCCCGGCAUCAACAUCGUCGAGCAUGACGGCACUGUACAUCGGUUUGCGGUGGAGACGGAGGAGGAGCAGGAUCAGUGGAUCACCAGCAUAGGGAGGUUGACGCACCACAGCAGGAGCUCGAGUUCCUCUGACCUCUCCUCCGACGAGCCUCCCACUAACGGCAUGAGAUAUCCGCCGGUUAACCCGACGCCCCCAAGGAGAAAAUCGGUGGAGGAGCUGGAGCUGGAGAACGAAAGUCUCCGUUGUGCCCUCAUGGCGGCGCUGGACAGGAUGAAGAUCUUCUCCGCCACCCCUCCAACAGACCAGGUUCGGAUCGGCAUCGACGUGAAGCUGCAGGAAGGAGAGGGAUGCGGAGGAUCGGCGAUGGAGGCGCGAGUGAGGAGCCUGCAGUCGGACGUUAGUGAGUUGCAGUGUAAGGUGGGGCAGCAGCAGGAGGAGAUUUUAGAGCUCUCCUCCGAGCUUCAGCGGUGCCGUGAGGGACAGGAGGAGCUGGGACUGCUGCUGGACGCAACUGAAGAGCGAGUCACGGCUGUUCACAUGCUAAUGAGCAACGUCGCGUCCAUGUGGGGAGUAAGGGCGAGCCGAGGAGGCGACAUCGAGUCCAACUACGAAUGCCUGCAGAGGCGGGAAGAUCAGCUCCUCCAGAUCGUUUCGCAACUUGAAAGUUUCGUUGCUGUUUGCAGCCAGAGCAUGGGGGCCGCGGAAGAGUCCACGGCAGCGGUGGAGCGAACGCUGCAGGUGGUGUCAGAGCGAGUCAUGGAGAAGGAGGCUGAAGAGAGGUGGGAGGUGGAGCGUAUAGAGCUGCUGUCAGAAGACUGCAAGAAGUUUUUGGGAGACGUCCAGACCGACGGUCUGCUCAAGGAGGUCGAAGAGAUGGCGGAGAGGAGGCAGAGAGCGCACGAGGACUGGGGGGAGAGAAGGAAGGAAGCGAUGUGUCAUGAUGACGAUGAUCAGUUGACGGAUGGCGGAGAAGAACCUGAUCCUCCUCUCCGAGCUAUAGAGAGCUGCGAGGUAGAGGCAUGCGGGUGGAGGGAGCAAGUGCAGAAGAGCGUCAAGGGGCUGGGGGAGGAGAUAUCGGAGCUCGGAGCGGACUUUCAGCGAGUUGUCCUCAAGCAACGGUCAUCAAUUAGCAGGUUGACCGACGGCAUCCGCAGGAUCAAGGAGGAGGAGGGUAGGAGGGUCAGCGCCUUACGAGCACUUGAGGAGCAAACGAGUUGUCUGCUCGCUGGGGGCGAGGAGCAUCGAACACAGGUGGAGGGAAUGAGCGACGCUGUGAACGCGAUGGAGGGAGUGAUGGAGAGGCUGGUAAAGGAUGUGACCGGUCUGUUGCUGGAGAGGAAGGAAGAGCAGAAGAGGAGGAGUGCGGCGCAUAGGUCGAGCGCAUGGUUGGAGUCAGCAGCAGGAGCCUCCGGGUCUCCCGAGUCGUCGGAGAGGAAGCGACCCAUGCUCGACUUCUCUCCUGUCGAGCGAAACUCUUGGGCCAGCAACACCAGCAUCGGCUCUGACACCAGCUUGCCGGCAAGCGCCCGUUCAAGGAGCCGUUACACCUUCCUAUGA